AUGAGGAAGCCGGGCAAGCUCGCGCUCCCGUCCCACGAGUCCACCAUCGGCAAAUUCCUGACGCAGAGCGGGACGUUCAAGGACGGCGACCUGCUCGUCAACAAGGACGGGCUCCGCAUCGUGCACAACUCCGAGGAAGGCGAGGCUCCUCCUAUAGUGCCGUUGGAUGAUCAUCAAUUGAGCCUAGAUGAUCUAGACGCAAUCAAAGUGAUCGGGAAGGGUAGUAGUGGAAUCGUGCAACUGGUUCGCCACAAAUGGACAGACCAGUUUUUUGCUCUGAAGGUUAUACAACUCAAUAUUCAGGAAAGCAUACGUAAACAGAUUGCCCAGGAGUUGAAAAUAAGCUUGUCAACACAGUGCCAAUAUGUUGUCACGUGCUACCAGUGUUUUUAUGUCAAUGGUGUUAUUUCUAUUGUUUUGGAGUAUAUGGAUGGUGGCUCUCUGGCCGAUUUCCUGAAGACAGUUAGAACCAUUCCGGAGGCUUACCUUGCUGCGAUUUGUAAGCAGGUGUUACAGGGACUGAUGUACUUACAUCACGAGAAGCGUGUUAUACACAGAGAUCUGAAACCAUCAAAUAUAUUGAUAAACCACAGGGGUGAAGUAAAGAUAUCAGAUUUUGGUGUUAGUGCGAUCAUUGCUAGUUCUUCUGCGCAGCGAGAUACAUUUACUGGGACAUUUAACUACAUGGCGCCAGAAAGGAUCAGUGGGCAGAAACAUGGUUAUAUGAGUGACAUCUGGAGCCUGGGCCUAGUUAUGCUGGAAUGUGCCACUGGAAACUUUCCAUAUCCGUCUCCUGAUAGCUUUUAUGAACUUCUUGAAGCUGUUGUCGACCAACCACCACCUUCUGCACCAACAGACCAGUUUUCACCGGAGUUCUGUUCUUUCAUUUCUGCAUGUAUCCAAAAGGAGGCUACAGAUAGGUCAUCUGCACAAGUCUUAUCAGAUCAUCCGUUCCUGAGCAUGUACGACGACCUGAAUAUAGAUCUUGCCGACUACUUCACGACUGCAGGAUCGCCACUUGCCACUUUCAAACAAAUCGUGUUGUGA